CACAUUGUUUAUGUGUGCUGCAUACAGAUAAAGUUUAGUGACUCUGUGUUAAUAGAUUGAGUGAUUUUGGACAGUGGUUCCAGAUAGUGUGCUGCGGUUGCAGUUGUGCUAUAUACACAGUUAUUCCUUAUUUUUUACUUUUACGUUUCAGUUAAGGUAGGUGAUUUAAUACACCAUCGUUUAGUUUCCAUUAUUGCAUCGUGGAGUGUUGCCCUUCCAAUAUAUAUACUUUUUUCCAUAUAUCAUGCAACUGAGUAGAACCCUGUAAAUCAAUGUAUUAGUGUUGUUACGUAUAUAUCAUGUCCGAGAGAAGUUUGAGGAAAAGAUCCUCUGCUCUAGCAAUUGGUGAAGAAUGUCAUAGUAAGAAAUUACGCCAAAGCAACCUUUUUGAACAAAACAAGUGCCUCUUUUGUGAAAAAGAUCUGAAAUAUCUCAAAGGAAACACAAAAGAAUCAUUAACAAAAUGCCAAACAGACAACGCUUCAACAUCAAUAAUAAAUGCAGUGAAAGCCCAAGAAGACUGGACUUUACAUGCAAAAAUAGGAGGACGCUGUUUGAUAUCAGCAGAAGCUUGGUACCAUAAUACCUGUAGAAGAAAUUACUUGUGCAAGAAAGUACAAACGAUACAUGAAGAGGAAAAGGUUUUAAUAACAUCAUUUGACUUCAUAUGUAAGCAUAUAGAUGAACAUAUCCUUCAAACCGAUGGAGUUGAAACACUUGAACAUGUCCAUGAGCUGUAUCAGGCACAUAUGAAGGAAAACAAUCUGAGUGACCAUAACCCCAAAUAUAAACAGCUCUUCCUGAAGAACAAACUUUCUGUUCGCUAUAAAGAUGACCUUUGUUGCAAUCUACUCUUAAUUGCCUUUCAUUUGAGUAUAAUAAAGCUGUACUUCAUAGAGAUCUAAAAAUUAGCGAAAAUUUCUGUUUUCCUGAAAAACACAGAAUAUAUGUGAAAUAGAUAGAUGUUGCGAAUAUAAAUAUAUAAAUUAUAUAUAAUAAUAUAAAUUUCAAACAAUAAUAUUAAUUACUU